AUGACAGUGGCACCUAUGAUAGAUCCAUCCUGGCAUCGCCUACCAGAAGACGCAUUUGGCGCCGGACCGUCCACUCUCACACCGCUGGAUCCUUCUUCCUCCAUACCUCGCGCUGACGAGUCGGACAGCGAUGGUUCCGAAUGGUCCUUCUGCGACCAAGAGGAGCUCAUCACUUUGGACCUGGGCACGGAACGCGUCGCCAAGCGCGCACUGUUGGGAUACUCUGUCGGUCUGGACUACAGCGAUGCUGAUCCAAUCCCGGCGGCUGCUUCGUCGAGCUCGAGAAGUAUAAGAGGGUUUAGAGGUAGCGGCGGGGUCGGCGAUGGAGUGGAGAUGGACAAACGCAUCAAACGAGGCACUGAUCCCAAAUCUUCCCUCGUUAGUAGCUCGAACGGACCGCAUCUAGGCGCGGGAAAACAGCUCUCCAUCACCGGUCUCGACACAUCUACUCCACUACUGAAGAUCAACGACACCGUGUUGCGCGGUAGCAACAUGACGCUGUUCGGAAGCGAGAUCGUGAUCGUCGACCACUUCGACCCCACACGCCCUCGGAACAGCCAGCACCGCCUACAACCCAUCCCACCAUCAAUCUCGGACGGCCGUGCGAAUCUUGCCUCUUCAACCACGCGGAGGCGGAUCCUGUUCAAACCGAUCUACGACCCCGCAGCGCGCGAAACCAGCACCGAGGACGGAGAAGGAUACGAGAAGCUACGCGCACUCGCCAAACCUCCUGCCUACGUUCUCGCGAACGAGGCGAAGCAAUCCGCUCUUGAUGAGCAGCACAGGCUAGCUUCGCUAGCAAAUCUGCUGAGUGCGCCGUCAGACGCUCAAGCCGAUUCAUCACAAGCUGGGGUAGGCAGGGGCAAGAACAAGAGGAAGGAUGUUUCACAAGGAGAACAAAUGAUCCGCGCUAUGGAGAAAAAGAUUCGGAAAGCCGCCAAGCUGUAUGAUGAAGAACAGAAGGAGCAGCGAGAGCAUCAGGAUGCAAGUGCUACACCAAAAGAAGGGGCGGCCGAUCAGUCGCAGCACGAGAUCGAAUCAGGGAGUGCGGAUCAGGGGAGCAUUGCUGUACAGGACCCACCUCCAUCGUUCGAGGGCCCGUCUUGA